AUGAUCACUGGUCUCUUAAUAUGGCGUGUAGCCGUACGUGGUCAUCGCUUGAUUGCCAAAGAUCCUAUGGGAGAAAUGGGAAUAUUAAGACCUAGACCUUUGGAAGGUUUUUUAUUAUUGAGCAUGUUUCAUGUUGCGGGACGCUUACUUUAUUCCGUGUGUUUAUUAAGCGAUUUUCUUCCUAACUACGCCAUAAAAGAAUUCUUCCAUGAUGUAACUUUCACCAUCUCGCUAGCAGGCAUAGGAAUAUAUUUGAUCGGGUUAAUCUAUACAAUUCCAAGAUCCUACACAUUUCAACGUCGAUUAAAUUCAUACACUAUCACUCCUAAUGACCAUCAAAGAUUUGUAUGGAUCCCAAGGCCGGCCGUGGUAGAUACUUUUGGAUUUCUGAUACUUCUUGGACCAGUUGUCUCCUUGAAUACUUUUGCUAUUUUGACAGGAGUUUAUUAUGACCGUAAUGAUGCGGCAACUGCUGAAAAAUGGCUUACUGUGCAUUAUCUUGCGUGGAGCUUUUUCUGUUGGAUUUUGAUACUCGGCUUAUUGUAUGUUGGCAAACAGCUGACCACGAUUAUUGUCAGACAUAUUGAAGAAACCAAAGACUCUGGUACAGCCAGUGAUUCAAAAGUUCGAAGUUUAGCUCUAGGACUUAAAAAGCUGCGCUAUGUCCUAAACCUCGUUCUCAGCACGCUGCUGUUCUUUGCUAUUGUCUCCCUCCUUUUUGCUCUCUUCCGUCAAUACAUCCUUACCCACAAUAUCAUGCUUUCCUACUUUAUUGCUACUUGCUGGGUUUUUAUUGUACCAAUAGUAACCGUGAUUGUCAUCACGGUUCUUGCAAUAGAAAUAAACGAAAAGGAACGUGUAAGAGUACACAUAUUGAGACAAUCAUCACUUGCCGGUACUGUGGAGGGUGAGCCGAUGGCAAGAACAGGCGCAUAUAAAUCAAAGGAUAGAAAAGGGUUUCAGAGAUCCGGAAGUAUUUCAUUCACAAAGGCGGAAGAACUCAGUACGAUCGGUUCGGGCGGAUCGAUUGCAGUUGGAGUAGGUGAAGUGGAUGCCGAUGAUGUCGAGAGCGUUGUUGCUUCACCAGUUCUGUUGGCUACGCAUACGAAUACGAUCCCAGGGGUCGAAUCUUCAAAAUAUAAUGAUCAGCAAGACGGUUCUAAUUUAGGUGACAUUGCACUUCAACCGUUGUCGAACAGUUAUACUCCCAAUUAUAAACGGACCACGCGAUAUUGA